AAGGAUGAAGAAAGAUAGUGUUUGUGUAGAUUAGAGGGAGAGAGUCACUUCAACAUCCCUCCAGUCAUUGAAGCUGAAAGCAGGAACAAGUAUUUGAACCGGGGAACCCCUUGGGAGCCGAGUCAACUCAUUUGCCACAGAGAUAUUGCCAAUAACACACUGUUGAGUGAGUCGUGAUGGCUUCCUGCACGGUGUCUAUCCUCUUCCUUCUCAUCGUUGCCAUGUCAGCAGCAGAGCCGCCAGGCUGCACAAUCCGGAUCACAAACAGAGGCCUCGAAAUGUUGAAGUACGAGACCCAGAAGUUUGUGGUGGAGGAACUGAGCAACAUCACCAUGCCAGAGAUGAAGGGCAAUGAGGGCCGCUUCGAGUACACCAUCAAUGAUGUGAAAAUAAAUGAGUUGAACCUGACCUACGCAGACCUGGCAUUUCAGCCUGGUCUGGGACUGCUCUUCGAGGUGCAGAACUCGUCCAUUGCCCUCAGCUUCCAGAGACGCAUCCUAUACUGGUUCUUCUAUGACACGGGAGCCAUCAACGCCUCUGCUGAAGGCGUGAACAUCCACACUGUCCUGCACAUGACCAAAGACGAGUUGGGCCGUCUCAAGAUCUCCAACAUCACCUGUGAUGCGUCCAUCGGCAAAAUGAAAAUGAAGUUCACUGGCACCUUGGGGAGGGUGUAUGACUUCUUGGCGACGUUCUUGACCACAGGAAUGCGCUUCCUUCUUAACCAACAGAUCUGCCCUGCCAUGAACCACGCUGGUUUGGUUCUAAUCAACUCUUUGUUGGAGACGAUUCCAGUGCGAACUGAAGUGGACAAGUACGUGGGAAUCGACUACUCUCUCCUAAGUGACCCAGUGGUGACUUCAAGGAGUCUUGACAUGGAUUUCAGGGGCAUGUUCUUUGAGCUCGGGAACGAGAACAACACCUUGGUCAACUAUGCCGUUAACCCAAUCGUUAGAGAGUACGAUCGAAUGGUGUACCUGGGUCUGUCCGAGUAUUUCUUUGACAGUGGGUUGUACUCCUAUUAUAAAGCCGGCAUAUUCCAAAUGAAUAUCGCCAACGAGCGCAUGCCAAAGGAUCUGGAGAUGCUCCUCAGGACAACCUAUUUUGGCACCAUUAUGAUGAUGAACCCAGCCCUGGUGGAGUACCCUAUCUCCCUGCGACUGGAGUUGAACUCUGCCCCCAAGACUACCAUCAAGACCUCUGGGGCCACUGUGGCCGUCACCGCCAUCGUCACGGUGAUGGUGCUACCGCCCGGCACGGCGCCAGUGCAGCUCAGCAGCAUGACCAUGGAGGCCAAAUUCAAUGCCAAGGUGUCCAUGAAGGGCAAGAGACUGGCUGUCCUUGCAGACUUGAGGAGGUUUAAAAUCUUCUCCAACCAGUCUGCUUUGGAAUCACUGGCGCUUAUUCCCCUACAAGGCCCUCUGAAGACAAUGCUGCAGAUCUCAAUAGUACCCAUCAUCAACAACUGGACCAAGAGAGGUGUCUCAAUCCCUCUUGCAGAUGGUUUGGACUUCAUAGAGGAAGUGGUGGAGUAUCAUAACGGUUACCUCAUCAUCGGGGCAAACCUACAUUUCAGCAAGGGACUGAGGGAGAUGAUCGAGAGGAAAAUCCAGGCUGAUGCCGAGAACGCCAUCUAAAAGGUUUCUCCACCUGAAAGAACCAAGGAUAUAUAUCUUCGAUAACUAUCCAAUCCUGCAUUUCAAUGUCACUUCUUUAUGUUCAACAUGUAGACUUGUGUAAAGUCUACAAACCAUGCAGAUCCCACAUUAAGGCGGUAGGCUACGUGUGUAAUUUGAGAUAAUUGGACAAGAAAGAAAAUCAUGCUUAUGUAUAACGAUCAUAAUAACGCAACUUACAUAUUUUAUAUCCAUUUGUCACUGAAGUGCUUUACAGAUAUUUAUACUGUUGCCUGUAUAGAGGAAUCAGGUUGACUUACCAAGUCAUGUGCCUGCACUACUCAAAACAAUAUUUGACCUCUAACAUAAUUGCCCAUUGUCAUGUCAACACUCCUUGUAAUUUCAUAGGAAUUGUGCAGCUCUGAAUAAUCCUUUUAAAAAUGACAAUACUUUACUGUAUAAUAUUCAACUUAAGAAUUUCAAAUGUUUCUACAAAACAAGACUACCUUCCCUACCAUUAGCCACAGAAGAGCUAGCUGGUAGGAAAUACUGUAUAAGAAAUUAAAUGUUCAAAGGAA